GCACACACACACACACUCACACACACAUUCUAGUAGCAGCCACAUUUUCACAGCCUGCUCUUCAGACUGACAGCAGCAAACGGAGUUGAGAGCCAGCACUGCAGAGCAACCGAGGAUUGGAAACAAGGGAGGCAUCUACAGGAAAGGGAAGGAGACUUUGACAGGAUUUGCUCUUUUUUAUUUUUUGCCUCUUUGCUCUCUGGGAGCCAUUGAAGGAAUCUUCUCUAUACUCUUUUAAACUGAACUAAAGGACCUGCACCCAGUUAUGGCAGUACCCGUGGGACAUGGGAACAUGGCCUCCCUCUCAUCUGCCUGGACUACCCUCUUCUGGGUGCUGUUGACCCUUUCAAACCAGGUCUGGGGCUUCAACCUGGAUACGACCCACACUCUGCAUAAGUUGGGAGACCAUGGUACAUUUUUUGGUUUCUCUCUAGCACUUCACCAACAGAUUACCCCAGAGCCUCAGAGCUGGAUCCUGGUGGGGGCGCCACAGGCAGCUGGACUAGGCUCCUUGCGUGGCAGUCGACCAGGAGCCCUGUUCAGGUGUCCAAUCACACCAGAGGAGUACGACUGUGAGAGGGUGGAUAUAGAUGGAGAUGUGAACCUGGACAGAGAGAGCAAAGACAACCAGUGGUUGGGAGUUACUGUCAAAAGUCAGGGGAUUGGAGGGAAGGUGGUGACUUGUGCUCACCUGUAUGAGCUCAGGCAACGUGUAAGUCAACCUUCAGAGACCCGGGACCCCAUUGGACGCUGCUACGUCCUGAGUGAGGACCUGACAGAGAGAGAUGACCUGGAUGGAGGGGAGUGGAAGUUCUGCGAGGGUCGGCCACAGGGACACGAGCAGUUUGGUUUCUGCCAGCAGGGCCUGUCUGUCAGUUUCACCCCAGACAACAACUUCAUUCUGUUUGGGGCUCCUGGGACAUACAACUGGAAAGGUGAGAUGCGUGUCCAGCUCCUAAACCAGACUCUGCUUGACCUCGGUUUCUAUGACGAUGGACCAUACGAGGUGGCAGAUCAGAAACAACUUAAUGCUCAGCUCAUCCCUCUGCCUUACCACAGUUACCUGGGGUUUUCUGUGGACUCGGCCUUAGGGAUAAUGGCUCUCGGAGAGCUGACCUUUGUGGCGGGUGCACCCCGGGCCAAUCACACAGGGGCAGUGGUGCUUCUGAAGAAGGACAAUGUCUACCGGCUGGUGCCUCAGCACAUUUUCUGGGGGGAGGAGCUGGCGUCUUCAUUUGGCUACUCUAUAACUACAACGGAUCUAAACAGGGACGGCUGGACGGACAUUAUUGUUGGAGCUCCUAACUUCUUCGACCGUAAGGCAGAGAUCGGUGGAGCUGUUUAUGUUUACUUGAACCCCUUUGGUCACUGGGAAGAUCACGCUCGCCCGAUUCGUCUCAAUGGGACGUACGACUCCAUGUUUGGGAUGACGGUCGGUAGUAUCGGCGAUCUGGACCAAGAUGGAUACGGAGAUAUUGCUGUUGGUGCACCAUUUGAUGGAGAUGGCAAAGUUUUCAUCUACAGAGGAUCAGGUUCCGGAAUUGAGACUAAACCUGCUCAGGUAUUGGACGGUCGUGACUUUGAUGUCAGACGCUUUGGAUACUCCAUCUCAGGCGGUCUGGAUGUGGACAAUAACCACUAUCCAGACAUUGCAGUAGGCUCUCUUAACGAUUCAGUGGUUCUCUUCAGGUCUCGUCCUGUCAUUCACGUGAACAGAGAAGUAUCAAUUGAUCCAUAUCACAUUGAUCUGGAGCAGCACAACUGCAAGGGUAGACAUGGAGCGUGUGUGGAGGUCAAGGCCUGCUUCAUCUUCACAGCUCACCCACAACACUACUCACCACACAUUACCCUGGUGGUGCACUUUGAAGCCGACACAGAGCGCAGGAAGUUGGGUCUCCCGCACAGAGUUAAUUUCCUGGGCCGCAGUUCACUAGAACCUGAGUAUACUCAGACAGAAGAAGUGGAGCUUCAUCGGCAGCUUCACCCUGCAUGCACCACUGCUGUCUUCCAGCUCCAUGAGAACAUCAGGGACAAACUGCGUCCCAUCUCAUUGGCAGUAACCCAUACUAUCAAGUCUGUGCCACCACGCAGACACUCUGGUGCCAAACGUCUGGAGAAGCUGGCGCCGGUGCUGAAUGUUUCACCUUCUAAUACGCUGCACUCUGAGGUGAACUUCCUGCGUCAAGGAUGUGGCGUAGACAAAAUCUGCCAGAGCAACCUGCAGCUGAGCUACCAAUUUGGAACACGACCCCUGACCUCUGAUCUCUUCACUCCUUUGCCAAAAGAUGAGGACGACGUGCAGGUGUUUUCCCUGUCAGACCAGCGACUGGUGGUACUGGAGAUUACUGUCACCAACAUGCCCUCUGACCCUCUUCUCCCCGACGAGGACGGGGAUGACGCUCACGCUGCUCAGUUGAAUAUUACCCUUCCAAACACGCUGUCAUAUGCUGGUUCCAGGGUCCCAGCUCAGAUGAGAUGUCAAGCGAACCAGAAUGGCUCCCAAGUUGAAUGUGACCUCGGAAACCCCGUCAAGCGAAAUACUAAGCUGAAAUUCUCUAUUAACUUGAGCACAUCAAACAUCACCAUUGAGACCACGGAGUUGACGGCAGAUCUCUUAUUGACAACUAUCAGUGAGCAGCCUGACCUGGUGCCGGUCACUGCGUUUGCUAAGGUUGUGAUAGAGCUCCCUCUGUCUGUCAGUGGGCUCGCUCGGCCACACCAGCUGUUCUUCAGUGGGACAGUGAAGGGAGAGAGUGCCAUGACUAGUCUGGAGGACAUAGGCAGCCCUGUGGAUUUUGAGUUUGUGGUGGCUAAUCCAGGACAAGCCCUGCAGACACUCGGCUCUGCCUUUCUGAACAUCAUGUGGCCUUACGAGCUGGCCAAUGAGAAAUGGCUCCUGUAUCCCGCAAGCUUGAGGUUUGAGGGUCACCCUGACACACGCUGCACUCCCACAGAGGCCUUGAAUCCUUUAAAGCUACAGAGCUCAUCGCAGUCUGGCGGGAUUGUGAGAACAAGGCGCUCACACUCAGAAGACGAAGGUCAAGUGAUGACAAAAGGCAGCGUGGGACGAACCACUCCAGCUGUGGCAGCUUCAGAGAGACGCAAGUCGCUCAAACUGGAUUGUCUCUUGGGAUCAGCACGUUGUGUCCUGUUCCAGUGUCCCCUGCACAGCUUCUCUGGUCAGGCUGUCCUCAAGGUCCAUGCCAGACUGUGGAACAGCAGUUUCAUAGAGGAGUUCCCUGCUGUUAGUGCUCUGGAGCUGCUGGUCAGAGCCAACAUCACUGUCAAGUCCAGCAUCAAGCACUUGGUCCUCAAGGAUGCUAGUGCACAGGUUCCUGUCAUGAUCUACCCUGAACCUGGUUUGGCUGACCAGUAUUGGAUCCCGUGGUGGAUCAUCCUCAUCGCCGUACUGGCAGGCAUCCUGCUGCUGACUCUGCUCAUCUGCAUACUGUGGAAGUGUGGCUUCUUCCAGCGGGCCCACUACAAAGACAAACUGCCUCAGUACAACGCCGUGAAGAUUCCCCGUGAGGACAGGCCACAGUUCCAGACUGAGAAGUCCGGAGUUGUCCAUAAAAAGGAAUGGGCCACACACUGGAGCGAUGGGACCUCGUAACUCUCCUUCAAGCACUGACUGACUGAAUUUAUUAAAAUCAACAUGUGUGGCACUCAUUUUGUCUUUGCAUUGGAACUGAUGGACUAAAAAAAAAAAAAAGGUGCACAUUGACUGAGAUCAUGAAUAUCUUGUGCACACUGUACUGCAUCAGUACAUACAUACAUACACUGGUGGCCUGUUACACUGGAUCUGUGUCCUUCCAUACUGCAGCCCCACUGGUGGAUAGUCUCUUUAUACUGUGCGUCUUUAUCAGUGCUUCACAACAAAUACCAUGUCACCACUCGAGCUGUUUAAAGUAUUUCACAACCUGCACAGGGAGCACUGAUGCUCAUAGUCUGGCACAACAAAGGAGAACCGAGAAAUCACAACUCAAAGACAUGCAUGAAUGCACAGAACCUACAGUACAAUAUUAGAUGCGUUCAUACACACUGGACAUUGACGAUGAAGAAGCCACUGCCCACUACAUUUUUGCCUUAACUACUGUAUAUUGAUAUCAUGUUAUUGGGAAUUUCUUUUAGUUAGCACGGCGAGAAUACAACGAGAAUAUUGUGUCAGAAUGUUGCAGAGCACUGAAUGUGUGUUUUUUUUGGGCUUGCAGAUGAAAAACACUGAAUUAGUUAACCUGAUGGUUUAAUGUAUUUCCUUUUUCAAGGAAAAUAAAAGCGACUAAAUGAGGAGCCUCUUCGGAUUAGAUAUUGUGCAUUUUUUUGGUAAUAUGUCAGUCAGACGUACUGUACGUCGGUCGUCAAUUGCCUAAGCAAACUUGACUCAACAAGGAAAUCAUAAUGGAGCGUAUAAUAGCAAUGGCUGUAGCACUGUUUUUGCAUGUAAACCAAAUGUGUCAGAUGAGUGAAGCAAUAUUAAACAUGUGCUCAGUUUAAACAUUGAUUUUCUAAUGGGUAUCCCAGCUAAUAAAGGCACUAAUUUCCCCCCAAUGUUUACAAUUAUUAUGCUCAAAUUACACUACUGUGUAUGACUGAAUUUAACUCGCAAGGUCCUCAAGUGAAGCAAUUUUUUUUUUUUAACAGACAUGUAAGAAUGUGUCAUCAGGUAACAUUUUGACAUUUGUACAAAUGCUUUUUAGUUGAAGUGUAUUAAACCUGCUUGAAGCAGUGAUUCUGACUGAUGAGCCAGGGUGAGAUUGUACUGUCGUUACAGCACUGACAUUUCCAAUUCCACACAAGUGCCUUAUGGUAAAAGUGGUAGAUUGGAAGGUACUGGUUAAAAAAAGGCUACUGCAAAUGAGAUCACGCUGCCCUGACACUUACACGAUGUAACGAGAGCAGAUCGGAAUUCGUCAGAAGGAGAAACACUUUCUUAAGAUUUCAUCUGGGUUGAUAAUGAAGCUGUAAAGCAUGAAGAGUUGGCUUGUUGUUGUUGUUUUUUUUAGGUAUUGCUGGACAAUCUUGUAUUUGCUGCAUGAAUCUCCUGUUGCUGUUCUGACGUCCCUCCGUUAGGUUCCUUCAUUUUUUUUUCUUCAUUGUCACGGCUCAGUGUUUUAUUUAUUUUUGUUUGACUGCACUGUUUUAACAUUGUAGAUACAGUAAAAAAAAGAAACAAAAUAAAAAGCUGCAGUUCAUGCAGGAAACACUAGAUGACAGUAAACCUCUGAAA